CCUCCCUCCCUGUGGAAGAUGAUGGGUUCCAUCUUGCACCUUUGCUCUUUAGCCAUUUCCAUCUUGAAUCCAGUUAUGGGGGAAUUAUUGAGAGAGAAAGGUAUUCUGUAUGGCCAAAUAGGGACUGAUGUCACCUUGUUCUGCAGGGCUGAUAACCACAGGUUUAUUCAGUGGAGGGUUAAUGGGACCCGUGUGGCCUUAUCUAACAACACAAAGGUGCAGAAUGGAAACCUCAAGUUUUUGUUGACAGAGCUGGCUUCAGGAGGAAAUUACAGUUGCCAUGACGAGACCGGGGAACUUUUGCACUGGACUCGACUGGAACUUGGACAUGCUCCGAGUAAACCACGGGUGCACUGCAGGGCAUUUAAUGUGUUUAGAAUCUCCUGCGAAUGGGAAAAUCACCAAGACACAACCUUCCCUACUCGUUACAUUGCAAGCUACAGGGAUCCACAAAACCAAAUCCAGAACUGUUCUGCAGACCCGCUGUAUAAAAACAUUUGCCACAUUGACAACCCUCAGAUUUUUACUUCCCUGCCUUACGUUGUAAACGUGACAGCAGUAAAUACUCUCGGGUCGAGGGCUACGCUGUCAGAAUUUCUGGCAAUGGACAUUGUUCAGCCCAACACACCUAAGAAUGUGAGAGUCAAGCCUGUCUUUGGAUCUCCCAGAAGAAUCAAAGUGCGCUGGGAUUAUCCGUCUUUGUGGGACACGCGUUUUGAAUUAAAAUUUGUCUUGGAAUAUAGACCGACAAUUAUCUCGUUCUGGUCACGGUUGGAGACUGCAUUGCUGAAAGAAACCAUCACUGAUGCCAUUCCUGGUGAACUGCAUUUGUUUCGGGUGAAAGCAAAAGAGGUUUUAGACCACGGGAAGUGGAGUGACUGGAGUCCAGAGGUGACUGGCACUCCGUGGGCAGAAACCACCACAGAGAGCAUCAAACCUACAACCGUGAUAUGGCUGAUCGAGGAUACAGAAACUGAAGGUCAACCUAGUGGUCCUGCCCUUUCUCCAACAUCAGUGUUCACAAGUCCCAACGUACUUGAUAAGUAUGUUUUUGCAGUGGUCUCGAUUGCCAUCAGCAUUGGGAUAUCUGUAGUCAUCACGAUUCUCUUGCUGUGGAUCAGGAGAAUAAAAACGGAGCCAGACAAAAAAGACAUUCUGACCAAGAAGCCAUUGACCUUUUGUUAAGUUUG